AUGUCGACCGAUAACCCGAAAAUUCUGCCUAGUGCGAACAACGCUGAGAAGGCUGCGACCACCCCGCGUGGCUCCGGAAACCUCGGCACCUUUGGUGUGAAGAGCGGUCUCGCGCAGAUGCUCAAGGGCGGUGUCAUUAUGGACGUCGUCAACGCCGAGCAGGCGCGCAUUGCCGAGGAGGCUGGCGCGUGCGCCGUCAUGGCGCUUGAGCGUGUCCCUGCUGAUAUCCGCCAGGAUGGUGGUGUGGCCCGCAUGUCGGACCCCAAGAUGAUUCAGGAGAUCAUUGACGCUGUCACGAUCCCCGUGAUGGCCAAGUGCCGUAUCGGCCACUUUGUCGAGGCCCAGAUCCUGCAGGCCUGCAACGUGGACUACAUUGACGAGAGCGAGGUGCUUACCCCCGCCGAUGACGAGCACCACAUCAACAAGCAUAACUUCAAGGUGCCGUUCGUGUGUGGCUGCCGCAACCUCGGCGAGGCGCUGCGCCGCAUCAGCGAGGGUGCUGCCAUGAUCCGCACCAAGGGUGAGGCCGGCACCGGUAACGUGGUCGAGGCCGUGCGCCACCAGCGCACGGUUCAGGCCGAGAUCCGCCGCGCGGCGAGCAUGAGCGACGACGAGCUCUACGCCUACGCGCGCGACCUCAAGGCUCCGUUCCACCUGCUCAAGGAGACUGCUCGCCUGAAGCGCCUCCCUGUGGUCAACUUUGCCGCGGGCGGUGUUGCGACGCCCGCCGACGCUGCGCUCAUGAUGCAGCUCGGCAGCGACGGUGUGUUUGUGGGAUCGGGUAUCUUCAAGGGUAACAACCAGGCGGAGCGCGCCAAGGCCAUUGUGCAGGCGGUCGCGCACUACAACGACGCCGCAAAACUCGCCGAGGUGUCGACGAACCUCGGCGAGGCCAUGGUCGGUCUCACCAUCACCGACAACAUGAAGGGCGGCAAGCUAGCCUCGCGCGGUUGGUAG